UGUUAGAUUUAUAAAAUUAUCGUUUAAAUAUUCAAAAAGAAGAUGGAUUGGGAUAACUCUCGUAGACAUGUUGUAUUGCACGCUCCUCCAGGUGGCAAAACAAGUAUUUCAAUUUUUGGAAAUGAGGACAACGACCCACAAGAUUAUAAAAAGCCUGGACCAGCUUAUGCUCCUCCCCCAAGCUAUGGAGCUCCACCAGAGCCUGCUUACUCGGCUCCCUCACAACCUUCCUAUGGAGGUCACUCUGCUGCAGGCCCAAGUCCAGGGUAUGGAUAUUCUGAACCUCAAGCUGAUCCAACACCUCCAGCACAUUAUGGAGGAUCAUACGGAGCUCCUGCUGCAAGUUCAGGUCCUUCGUAUGAUGGUGGGUAUGGAUCUUACCAACCUUCUGCUCCAACAGAAGUCACUACAUUUGGAGUCAAGAAAGAGAUGAGAUCUGAAAUGAACAUCGGAGCAGAUGGCAAUGAGAGAUCUUCUGUAAAAGUGCACCACCCUCCUGGUGGAGGAGGUUCUCUAAACCUUUUUGGAGCUGAAGAGCCUGCUCAUUCUGCUCCGGAGCCUAAAUACGGAGGAGGAUAUCAAGCUCCACAAGAGUCUUCAUAUGCUCCACCUCCAUCAUAUGGUCACCAUGAGCCAUCUCCAGGUCAUGCUUCAGCUGGUGAUUUCUGCCCACCUCCAAGUUAUGGAGGCGGUGCUCCAGCAACUUAUGGAGCUCCUCCAGAAGAAGUGAAGCAGACAUAUCCAAGUUAUGGCGCAGCUCCAAGUGGUUUUACUCCUUCUGCAGUCUACAGUGACCCUCAGCCUAUUCAUCCAAGCGAUUUGAAUGUAACUAGUGCACCUACCACGUUUGGACAAAGAGUAGAGAGUGGAUUGAACAGUGGGCCGACUACGGACAAGUCAUCUAUCAGGGUACAUGCUCCUCCAGGAGGACAGAGCAGUAUCUUCUUCUAAUCCUUUCUUCGUAUUAAAUUCGUUGGGUUAUAAGAAGAUACGUCUUUUCUUAGUUCAAAAGUUAGCCCUUGCGCACAAUUUCGAUAGCAAAAUAGAUUCUUAGUGAAAAUUUGGUAUUAGCUUUGCAGCAGUGAUAGUCGUUAUUUCAUUGAGGGCUUAGGUUAUAAUUCUUGGGUGUUGUUACUAUUGGCACUUAGAGUUCGUAAUCGAUCUGAUAAUUUAGUAGUCUCUUAUGAAUAGCCAAACUAAUAAUUUAGGAAUUCAAACUAGCUUCAACCU